GUGUUCUGUAUUGUAGGAUUUCUUGCAAGAAAAAUAUGUUUACAAAUGUGUGUUUAAUGCACAACUUCAACCAUGACGCCAAUGAAGUAUUAUUACCCAUCAAUAGCUCUAUAAUGUUAUACAAACACAAAGAAAUAGAUAAUAUGCCACUCAAAUAAAUAUCAACACAUGUACUUACAGUUUGAAUUUGGCACGCCUGCCUCACUUUCUCCACCUCCUCAUCGUUGAUUUGGGGGAAUUUUGUUGGACUUUGCAUUCUCUAAUGAUCAACAAAACACGUAAAACACAUAAAAGAUAAAAUAACUCAACAGGCCAAACACUACAUACCACAUUUUCAACAUUAAUUUCCACAGAUUCCAAUGUAUAACAGAGGUACUACAAUUUCAGGAUUAACUACUUUACCUAACAAUUAAUUUCAAAGAAGACAUUUCUCUCAAUCUCUGGAAAAUACAUAAAAUGAACGAUACUUCUAAACUACAAAAUAGGUAGUGCACAAUAUAGCUCUGAACAAUAGUGUCAUUCAUUACAACAUUAGCAUUAAAUCAAAAAUACUCAUGGAUACUUACAAAUGUAUAGCUAUACGUAGUGCACAAUAAAGCUCUGAACAACGGUGUCAUUCAUUACAAUAUAAGCAUUAAAUCAAUAUACUCAUGGAUACUUACGAAUGUAUAGCUGGAUGUGAUGAAUAAAAAUAGCGCCACUCGUCCUCUUUCAAAUCCUGCUGACGGUUAGCUGCAUUUCGACUUCACCGCAAAGCCCCUCCCAUCACACCCAAGCUGAUUGGGCUAUAAUAUAGCUCCUGAAGUUCAAAAAUGCAAAUCUCAAAAAUGCAUUAUUUUAUUAUUACAAUUAAUUAAUACAUAUAAACUUAAUUUGUGUUCAAGCGUGAAAGUUACAUAGAAACUUAAUUAAUUCUUUCUAUUUUUAAAAACAGCACCGCCGACGAAAAUGAAGAAAAAAAAAAAAAGCGAGUGAGCCUCUCACUCCGGCCACCGUAGGCAGACAGCUAGCUGUCAGUCCGGCUGCUAACUGGAUUAUGACAGCUGCAUACACAGUUUAAGUUUUACCAUGUAGAACGGUAACAUGAGAUAUUAUUCUGGAAGCAUUUAUUUCUACAAGUGGGCUAGAGGCUGGUGGAAAUGACGUGAAAGGUUUUGUUUGGCCAUCGGAUACUUUCUAAUGAACGCAACUAGCUUGCGCAUAUUACAAGGUAAGUAAAAAACGUUGGGCUGUCUGAAUGAUUGCCUUAAUCAAAGAGAUUAUUGCCAUCUACGAUUACUUAUUAACUUGAUCUAGAUCAAUACUGUUCAGAACCUUUUAAUACAGUUAACGCAACUUCCGGUGGUGGGCGUUGUGUCCAGACGCGAGUCCACACGGCUGCGUGCCAGCAGUCAUUUAGAAGGGAGAGAGCGACACGCAAGUUUAAGAUGGAGAGAGCUUUUUUCAUUGGAAGUAAAACGAACAGAGACAAGACAUACAGCGGGGACCUGUGCAGAGGAAUUACUCAGCGUGUCAACCAGAAGGGGGAUGCCGCGCGGAAAGUCCUUCUUCCGUUCUGAGGCUGCCAAGUUUCGCAUGGCAGAGCGGAGCUACGGUUCUCAACUCCAGCAAGGCUGUGGCACAGGUCGGCGUCACUUUGUGCGCCCAUGGCCAAAGUCUUCCCUCACUGGAAGACAACGUAAAUUGGUCAUUCCACCCAAGUUUCCAGACAAGAAGUUGGUGCUUGUUCUCGGAUGCUCCCACCUGCGUGCAAUUGCAGAUGGAUUUGUGACUAUGCCGGACGGCAUCCUCACCUUUGGCUUCCUCUCCAUCCCUGGGGGGAGCGCAGCUGACCUGAAGCUGGAGAUUGAGAACACUGUUCUCACUCACCAACCUGAUGCACUUUGUGUCCUGGCUCCAAGCAACAAUUUGACAGCCAGUCGUUCCGUCAGUGAAGCAGGAGCUGAUUUUGCCAAGCUCAUGACCAGUGUGACCAAACGCUUUCCUAAUGUGUUUGUCCUGGACUUUCCCCCACGCCUCAACUGUGAGGUGAAAGACCAGGACCUGUUGCGACAGGAAUUCCGUGAUGUCACUGCACGGAUGAGUGUGAAGUACUGUUCCAUUGCAGAGUACUUUCCACUCCAAGACCGUAAACUUUGGGUCAGAGACGGCGUGCACCUGAGUGAUGAUGGUGGGAUGAAGAUCCUGGUGAAGUGGCUGGCGCAUCACUCCUAUCAAAAACUUCACCCCCCGCCUGAGCCACAGGUUUCUUUCCGACCAUCAGUGCCGGUUGUCACUCCAGCACCAAAGCCACAGCGUUCUCCCAGCACACGCCGAACCGCAAUCACUCCAGAGCCCAAGCCAUCACUGCUACCUUCAACUCCAGCAGUGAAGCCACUGGUAGGAGACCACCCGGUCAACCAAGGAGGAGGAUCCUUCAUAAUCAGGAUGAGGUGA